CCGGUCUGGCCAAGGCGUGGCACCAUGGUGACCGCAGGACAGGAAUCCAGCACAAGCUACAAAAGAUCAAAGGACGGCUGCCAAAGCUGUCGCCACCGGAAGAAGAAAUGUGACGAAGUGCGUCCGACAUGCAGUGGCUGUAUGAGGAAUAACCUGUCAUGCCAAUGGCCCGCGGACACCUCGCAGCCCCAACGUCAGCGGCGCCGUCGACCCUGCCAUCACAAUGGACGACUAUGGCCUCGUGGUGUCAGAAUCCCACAAUCACUCGCAGAUAGGGUCACUGUGUUUGCGGUACCGAGCCGGCGGAUGAUGUGCCGCUUGCUGGACCAUUUUACGCACUCUAGUCCGUUGUGGAUGUCUAUUGGACCGGGGCGACGAGAUAGGUUUCUACGCCAUGUGACUGAGUUUGCGUUGGAAAAUCCGUUGACGUUGAACUGCAUAUUGGCUGUGUCGGCUGCAGAUUUGGUCAAAUAUGACCUUGAAGAACCGGAGCUUGGGACGAUGGCGCUUGAGUUUUAUGGCGGCGCUAUAGCCGGGCUGAGCGCGGCGGUCAACAGGGAGCUGGUCUCUGAAUCUUCAACCGAAAAACAGGUCCCCGCAUCAGAUGAUGUUUUGCUGGCUAUCCUCUUAUUAUGUGUGCAUGAGGCACACAACUUCUCUGAUGCCAGUCGGAUAUUUCCCCAUCUCAACGCAGCAGCCAUCAUACUGCGGCAGCGGUUGUGCUUUGCUCCACAGAAUCCUGAACUGCGAACAUUCCUCCUAGAGAUAUUCUGCUACUUUUUCGCACUGAUAGCUUCUUCACACGGAUCGAGCUUGGAUAUAGCUCCAGCAGCUGGGGUAUUUGAAUCAAUUUCGGUCCAGGGUGGUAAUGUUAAGAGUCAAAGUCUACUUUUAGGACCCUCCCAGGAAUUGAUCGCUACCAUCUUUCGCGUCUCGAUGCUGACGAUGUAUUUCUCGAAAAAACCGAUGGACGAUGAGAGGCGGCUAGAGCUGACACAUAUAGAGCUACAGUUGCAGAGCUUGGAUAUGAGCGCUCCGACUACAGAUACAAAACAAAAUUACCAGGGUGAUCUGUCCCAUGACGAUCUAGUGCUGUUCGAAUUAUACCGUCUCGCCUGUCUUGUAUACGUUAGGAAGACUCUCGAUCCGCAGGCAUCACCCCGAGAUCCUUCCCUCCAGCAAAUCAUCACUUCAUUCGUCAAUGAACUGGGUUCUCUCCCGGGAGGCUCAUCUUUGAACGGUCUUUUAGUCUGGCCGUUGGUUGUCGUUGGCCUUUGUGCUGUUGUUAGUGCUCAUCAGCGCAUUAUCAUUGGGCGUUUUCGCACGAUUUAUAAAACCUGGAGAACAGACAUAAUGGUCCGGAGCAUGGAGUUUCUGCGUGACAGGUGGAAGACGUAUCGCGAGCUGGAGGGCGCAUCCGGAACAUGUGGUGGCUGUCCUGACGUGACUUUGGCCUUGUAUUUUUGUCUUCAGGACCUUCGUCUGCCAGCUGUCCUCGUUUAGCCGGAAGGACCUUCUCUACCAUUGAAUUUUACCGCAGCGUCACGGCAUUACGAAACGCCUACAGACUCCCAACUACAACGACGCCAAACUAUUGAAUGAAUCAGCAACGCUUCAUUGAUACAUUACGAGUAAAUAAUAACGCUCUUCACAACGCCAACCCAAUCUAAGUUACCGAUAUGCUCAGCCCUUGUGCCUUCAUAAGACGAAUCCAAUCCCAACUUUUCUGCUCCCCAGCAUCAUAGCACGCCCAAGAACUCCGAACCACAUUCCUGCACACCUGAACAUUCCGAAACCGACGAGCCUCCGCAAUCCUAUCUAAUUGCUCCUCCAACAGCUCUCUAUCCUGAACCUGCAC